AUGGAGCUGGUGGACAAGAUGGCGAUCUAUGUCGUGGUGAUUACACCAGUCAUCAUGCUGUCCAAGCCUAUUCUGCCGAAGGUUGUUUGGGGAUACGACUUCCUGCCCCAGAUGGCCUGCCACAUGUGGUCCUUCGUCAUCGCUUGUUUUAUCCUGCUGCACAGCGGAGAUGAUUACAUGGCCCUGAUCUCUUUUGCCUCGGCUAUGCUAAUCGUCGCAAAUUUGGCCACCAUGGGAUUCUCCUUGGACUUGUCCGCCCCAGCAGUGGCACUUCUCUGGGAGUUUUGCUACCUGAUGAACCGCUUCCAGUGA